AUGUUUUCUGCUAUUAUCAUUAUUUCUGCUCAGACCUGGGCUGUGAAACGAAACGCUGCGAAACAGCAAAGGAAGCUUGACCGCGAAGUCCAGGAACAUCAAGAGCUACUCGAGCAGUCUAUUCGCUCGAGGUAUUCUGCCAAGGGUACUUGUGUAGAGGUUUUCGCAGGUGAGAAAUACGGUGGUGGUAUUGAAAUGGGGAAUUCCCUUGACCGGCUCGCCGGUUAUGAUGAUUCGUCACCAGAUUCAUCGGUCGACGGCACGAAUUCACGAAAAAGAAAAAAAGACGAUCUCGAUGAAACUCCUCCAAAGAAGAUCACAAAGCUUGACACUGCGAAAUAUGUAUAUGAACGAUUAUUUCUACAGGGCGAAGGAUCUGAUGUGACAGUCCAUGCUGUUGGUCACGUCUGGCAUCUGCAUAAGCUGUAUUUGCAGCAAUGUAAAUAUUUCGAGGUUCUUAUGCAGGGGAACUGGAAGGAUUCUAAAGAGGACGUUAUCUUUUUGGAUUUUCCCGAUGAAAACGUAACACGAGAAGGUCUCCAUGCUGUUCUGGGUUCAUUGUACCAUAAUCAGAUCGAACUUGACUUGGAUAAUGCUGAAGGAGUAUUGUCAGCAGCAUCAGUGUUACAACUGGAAAGCGUCCUAGAGCGAUGCGGUGAUGCGAUGGCAGACAAUCUCUCUGCCAACAAUGUUCUUCGAUAUCUGAAUCUGGCGGAAAUGUAUGGUCUCCCGCAGGUGACAAAGAGAGCAUAUCAUCUAUUGAAGUGGAAUUUCUGGAGAUUCAUGAAGUCAAAAGAACAUUUGAAGGAUUUGAAGGAGGACACAUUUGUUCGCUUGAUUUCCUCUUCUGAACUGUUGAUUAUGGAAGGGGAAAUGGACGUUUAUCAAAUGAUAAAGACGUGGAUCUUUCUCAAGGAGAAGCCACACGCCGCUGCAUUACCUGACAGCGACUUUGCUCGCCAGAUGAAAGAAACUUUCGCCUGUUAUUCGGAAGGUUCACUAUUCGUAAGACAUGCAGGGUUAUUUGCGGGAUUGAGGCUACACCAUAUUACGACUACUUUGGCAAGUUUAAACGCUGUGGAAAACGAUAACUUGAUUCCUGCAGAGGUGCUGAGAGCUGUUAUGGUAGAUCAGUGGAAGACAGCACUGAACAACGAAGAGAAUCCAACAGCAGUGAGUGAGUUGUCUAUGGACGAUUUUCAUGUAAAUUCACUACGGCUCGGACGGUUAAUCGAUACCAUGCCGAAAUGCUGGAGGUGGACUGGAUUCAAUAAUGGUGUGGAUAUAGUAAUGAACAUGUCGCAUGGGGUUCUCACAAUGAAAAGGAACUGCUUAAGUCAAGCCACACCAUAUUCGAUCAAUCUGAAGAGUGAGAGGGUCGUUCAUUACAGAGCGAUAAUCUCGGAUAGUUCCGGUGCGUGCCUCUUUGACAGCACCAAACAGAGCAUAGUCCUGAGGUUGGAUCAGAGUGUCGUAGUGGCACGUCUAGGAGAUGACGUCACUCUACCAAUAUCAGUACAUCUACUCUAUCUAGCCGCUCAACCGGCUCCGCCAUCUUUUCUAUAUGUCAAUCAAUACAUUAAGGAUAUGGUAAAGAAAGAAGAUGAAAUAGAUGCGAUAUUGAAAUUCGUGGUCGAUGAGAUUAUUGCCGUGUGUUUAAUAGUAGCAGGUGCAUUGGAUAGAAGUAAUGAAAGUCAAUGCGGUGCAGUUUUGGUGAUCUCCACGUCUAUACCGUUAAUGCAGGUGCUGCUCUUAUUAUGUGAAGUAAUUGACUGGUCGCUCGCUGCUUUCUCGCCGGUAUACUUCCACUCGUCGUCACUACUCUGCCGAAUACUGCCAUUCGUUGUCGGUGGCAUCUUCUGCGCAAUUAUUGUGGGCGCCCUAAUUGUCAUAGAUGCCACCACCGCUACAGCCUCAUGUGUUUGGAGUCCAGCCGACACGGCUGUAAUUUCCGCUUAUGAUAUUUCACUGGCAUUCGCCACUAUUUGUCUCAUAGGUUUAGGCGUUCUUCUGGGCAGAAAGCUGAACAGCUCCUUAUAUAAACCCGUACUGUUCCAUUUCGUAUGUACGUUAUUUUUGCUGGAAAUUCCACUGCUAGUCGUGAUUUCGUUAAAGUAUGCAGGUUACGGUAAAGCAGCUGUACGUGCAGCGGACGCAACAAACAUGUUGGUCGCAAUGCAUUCCGCUUUGCAAUCGGCAUAUUUUGUGUACAACCACGAAGACUAUAGGCAAGGAAUUCGAGCCACAUUUCUACGAUUCCGAGUGCUGUCCGCGCUCUGA